AUGGGGGGAGCAGCCACAGUGGUUUGUCUGCAACAGCUAAAAUCAAUUCUUGGCCUUGAACAUUUCACUCACGAGGCCGAUCUCGUCUCAGUUAUGCGCUCUAUUUUCACCCAAACUCAUCAGUGGAGGUGGGAAAGCGCUGUGUUGGGUUGUUGCUUUAUUUUCUUCCUCCUUGUCACAAGAUAUUUCAGCAAACGACAACCAAAGUUCUUCUGGGUGUCAGCAAUGGCACCGUUGACGUCUGUUAUACUGGGAAGUUUACUGGUUUAUGUCACACACGCUGAGAAGCAUGGAGUUCAAGUGAUAGGAAAAUUGAAGAAGGGGCUGAAUCCACCUUCCGUGACGGAUUUGGUGUUUGUGUCACCUUAUCUGGGCACUGUCAUAAAAACUGGACUUGUCACUGGCAUUAUAGCACUUGCGGAAGGAAUAGCAGUGGGUAGAAGCUUUGCAAUGUUUAAAAAUUAUCAUAUUGAUGGAAACAAAGAGAUGAUAGCUAUUGGAACCAUGAACAUUUUUGGUUCGUUCACCUCUUGCUAUCUCACCACAGGACCUUUUUCACGAUCAGCUGUGAACUAUAAUGCUGGGUGCAAGACUGCUGCAUCGAACAUUGUGAUGGCAAUAGCAGUGAUGUUAACUUUGUUAUUCUUAACACCCUUGUUCCAUUUCACUCCCCUGGUGGUGCUAUCGGCCAUAAUUGUGUCAGCAAUGCUCGGACUCAUUGAUUAUCAAGCAGCCUUUCAUUUGUGGAAAAUCGACAAAUUUGAUUUCUUAGUGUGCUUCAGUGCUUAUGUUGGCGUGGUCUUUGGCAGUGUUGAAAUUGGCCUAGUCAUAGCAGUUGCAGUAUCUCUACUUCGAUUACUUCUAUUUAUUGCAAGGCCAAGGACAUUUCUCUUAGGAAACAUUCCAAAUUCUGCAGUAUACAGAAAUGUGGAACAAUAUCCAAAUGCAAAUCAUAUUCCUGGAAUCCUAAUUCUUGAAAUUGAUGCUCCCAUUUACUUUGCCAAUGCAAGCUAUAUAAGAGAAAGGAUCACAAGGUGGAUUGAUGAAGAGGAAGAUAGAAUUAAAGUUUCGGGGCAAACCAGUUUGCAGUAUGUUAUUAUGGAUAUGACAGCUGUUGGAAACAUUGAUACAAGCGGAAUAAGCAUGAUUGAAGAGUGCAAGAAAACUGUUGACAGAAGAGGCUUACAACUUGUUUUGGUGAAUCCAGGAAGCGAGGUGAUGAAGAAGCUGAACAAAUCUAAGUUCCUUGAUGAACUAGGGCAUAAAUGGAUCUAUCUGACAGUUGAAGAGGCUGUUGGUGCAUGCAAUUUCAUGGUCAACACACACAAACCAAACCCCAUGAAGGAUGAUUCAGAAGAAUUUGAAGACUUAGCAGAAUUUUUUAAAACAUAA